GCAGAACUUCAGCACUGCAAACUGCGACUAUUGACAAAAGGCUGAAACUGAACCAGAGAAUUAAAAUGACACUUUGACAUGAACGGGGGACUAACGAGGAGGAAAACAAGAAAGGGUGGGGAGAGUAAGAGCGACUGCCGUGUGAGGGAGUGAGAGAUUUCAGAAAGAGGGAGAGCACUGGUUGGGAUUAGGCCUGUGUUGUAGGUUGAACGGGAUUACGGAGUGGCAGCGCGGCGCAAUUCCCUGUGCUGCGCGCUUUACCAUGGGCUUCUCCGCACGGCAUUUCACCGUCCGCCUGAACUGAUCAACACCUGAGACCUACAGCCUAACACCUCGCAAUCCUACCGAUCCCGGAGAUAUAUCCACUACUGGCUAUAUGGAAACAUGGCCGACGUUCCACAGAUCGUCAAAAUUGGGAUUUCCUUGAAGAUGCUUCCCAACAACACCGCCGUGUACUUCAAGUCCGACGGCGCCCGGUUCGGACAGACCCGGACCAUCAAGCUGCUGACCGGGUCUAAGUACAAAAUCGAGGUGGUCGUUAAACCAGGAGCAGUCGAAGCCACGUCAAUGAGUGUGGGUGGGGUGACCUUCCCCCUGGAGCAGCAGUCUAAAGACCCACAGUCAGUGGUCUAUACAGGCCAGUACGACACAGAGGGGGUGGCACACACCAAGAGUGGAGAGAGGCAACCCGUUCAAAUCAGCAUACAGUUCACAGAGGCAGGAAUGUUUGAGACGGUGUGGCAGGUGAAGUACUACAACUACAACAAGAGGGACCACUGCCAGUGGGGAAACAGCUUCAACAGCAUUGAGUAUGAGUGCAAACCCAAUGACACGCGCACACUUAUGUGGGUCAACAAAGAGAUGUUUGUCUGAGGGAGGAACAGCCUGAAAGUUUCAGUGUGUGCUCUGCAGAAACACAGGGAGUGACCUAGGUGUGACUUAGUUUUAGUCUGUGUCUGUGUGAGACAAAGACAAAGUUUUCUAUUACUUCCUGUUCCUACAAGGAUGUUUACAUCUGUCUUUCCUCUCCCCAUCUACUACCACUCCGUUCCAUUUAAAGUUAUUUCUCUGUGGCUUCAUUGUUUUUUCACUCUUUCCAUCACCUACAAAUAUCAGAAAACCCUCUCCCUCCUUGACGCUGUUGAACAGUACAUCUGUUUUACUGCUAAAUUGGAUCUCAUGGCAAUUCAUAUAAAAUGCGGUGAUAUUGCCAGUCUUUGCACUGAUGUUUUAUUUGUUUAUGGUGAUUAUGCAAAUGUGUCAAGAUUAAAACAGAAAUUAUUGAGGUUAAACAUGUAGCACUUCUCAACAACCUACUUUAAAAUCAAGUUUUGAAUUAUGUAUUGAAAGACUAAGAUUAAGUGACAUGUAGAGUUUGGUUGUUGUGUCUGGUGACCCUCAAGUGUGUUCACACUUAUGUGUAUGUACAGUACUGUACACGUGUGAGUGCUCGUGUGCCUGUGUGUUUCACUACAGUGUGUGUGUUUAACAAUUGGUGCUUGUACAGAUGCGGUCAUGUACUUUGAAGCUAUGUGUACAUGUGAGGAGUUUCAUUCCAAAAUGACUAUCCCGACAUUUCCAUAAAAUCCUGCCGUGUUAGUUCUUAGAUAACUACUGCUGGUAUGUUAUGACCUUGUAGAGUAGAACACUUCCCCUCUCAACCAAGUGCAGUGUCCUUGAAUCAGUGGCAUUUUGAUUUUAACUGGCCCCAAGCAGAAUUUGAAUGGGAACUUGGAUGACAUGACAUCUGCAGCUGCUAAUGUUAAAAAUGUGGGAUAUAUUUUCAGAAUCUGCAGCUGAUCAGGGCAACAUGACCAAAGAACAUAUCUACAUCUAGUUAAAAAUGAAUUAAAAUGAGGGAUUUUGUUAUUUAUUACAGAUAUUCACUACCAGCUAUUUUAACAUUAAGUGCAAUGACUUGCACAAAGAUGAAAAAAUGAUUGAUUAUUGAUUUUUGUAUAUUGUACAGUGUCCUUGAGUGACCAGAAAGGCGCCUAUAGAUAAAAUGGAUUAUAAAAACGGUUCUGCUUUUCAGAUGAUUUUGCUGCUACUUUUAGUUGUGAGACGUAAAGCGUGAAGAUGGUCCUCACGAAACAUACAUGUAUACCACUCCUUUUUAUCUCAGCAGUUGUGUUAUUGCUUUGUCACUCUUGAUUGACUCAAGCUGUAGUAGUAGACCAUGCAUGCACCCACCCAGACAUUACUCAAGAUAGCAAGCUAGCUUGCAAUCCAGAUGAACUAGAGCACUGUUUGUCUGAAAGAGGGAAAAGAUACAAAUUGUCCACUUCAUGAUUCAUUUUGUAAUUUUGACUUUUACUACAUUUAAUUAAUCAAAUUGUGCACUUCGCCAGGUGCCAUGAUGAAAUCUAUCACAGGCUCCUGAAAGUGUACUGGUCAGCUCCUCUAUGAGCUGCUGUUACCCAAAAUGAAGGCACAUGUUUGUCUUCUCAAAAGCUUGUUUCAGUCCAUAUCCUUUCACAGUGACACAGCAGUGCACCUCUUCUGCAUCAGCACCUCUACACCCUGAAAUUACCCAAGAUUUUAUUGUCACACUUAAGUGAACCUAGACCACUGCCUGCACUUGGAUUGAUUUUAAGAAAAAAAGCCCAUAGUGUUUUGCGAUGAAACUCUGUGUAGCCGUGUGUAUGUGUGUUAUUUUGUGGUACCAUUUUGUGUACAAUAUAAUGCAGUAUUUGAAGUAGGAAUUUCGUAUUUGGAUGAAGUUGUGUGCCCCUGUUUGCAGCGUGUUUGUUUUCACUACCUCUUCCAAAGGACUUAGCCAUGCGUAUUUGUGUUUAUCAAAGAGAGAUAUUCAGAACAUAAACCAUCAAUGACAUAAGAAAAAUCAAUUUCUUGUGGUAAAUGAUGAGAUUUAAAAAAAAAAAAAACAGUAUUUUUUGUACAGUGAACCAUUUAAAAUGUUUUCAUAUUAUUGUGUGUAUUUUGGUAGAAAUAGCUAUAAAAUAUUUUCAGUGAAAUAUUGAAUUGACCUAUGCAAGAAACCAGAGUAACAAUAUAACAAUCAAAUGGUGCAGUAUAGUGAUAAAAUGUACAUAUCACUCUGACCUUGUGUUUUUUGUUUUUAAUUUUAUUCAUAGUAAAAUGAAAAAUCUUUUUAUGUGACAAA